AUGCAGAGAAUCUCAUUUUGCGUCACCGGAAUCCGAAGAUUCUCCGUCACCUCUCUGUCGUCAUCUUCCGCUUCAUACACCGAUAAUCGGAUAUUGAAACAAGUUCUUGAAUCAUGCAAAUCUCCAUCAAAUUCCAAACAUGUUCUUCAAGCACAUGCUCACAUCUUCAAACUCGGAUACUCAACAUACCCAUCUCUUCUCGCCUCCAUGGUUACAGCUUACAGACGCUGCAACCUCUCACACAUUGCUCGUCGUCUUCUCCUCUGGUUCCUCUCUUUAUCUCCAAACGUCUCUACCACAAACCUAAUCAUCGAGAGCCUAAUGAGAUCAGGAGAGUACGGUUUGGCCAAGAAGGUUCUUCGCAGUAAAGCGAGUGAUCUUAACGUGGUCACUUGGAACUUGAUGAUUGGUGGUUACGUCAGGAAUGUUCAGUACCAAGAAGCAUUGAGAACUCUUAGAGAUAUGCUUAAGUUUUCGGAUGUUAAACCGAAUAAGUUCAGUUUCGCUUCCGCUUUAUCAGCUUGUGCUCGUCUCGGAGAUCUCCGCAGUGCCAAAUGGGUGCAUUCUCUGAUGAUCGACGCCGAGACUGAGCUUAAUCCGAUACUGUGCACUGCGCUCGUCGACGUGUAUGCGAAAUGCGGAGACAUAGAAACGUCCAAGGAGGUUUUCUACAGCGUUGAAAGGAGCCAUGUUUCGGUUUGGAACGCUAUGAUCACUGGCUUUGCUGCUCACGGACUAGCCAAAGAAGCGAUGAGAGUGUUUUCAGAGAUGGAGGCAGAGCGUGUCUCGCCGGAUUCCAUAACGUUUCUCGGCGUUUUAACGGCGUGUUGCCAUUGCGGUUUGGUUGAAGAAGGGAGAGAGUUGUUUGAUGUAAUGUCUCGGAGGUUUUCGUUGCAGCCAAAGUUAGAGCACUAUGGAGCUAUGGUUGAUCUUCUUGGCAGAGCAGGGAAGGUUCAAGAAGCUCACGAGCUGAUAGAGACGAUGAGUGUUGAGCCGGAUUUAGUUAUAUGGAGGUCUCUUCUUAGCUCAUCAAGAACUUACAAGAACCACGAGGUGGCGGAAACAGCGAUGAAGAGUCUUUUGGAUUCGAAGGCCAAGAGUGGAGACUAUGUGUUGCUUUCGAACAUGUACAGCUCAACGAAGAAAUGGGAUAAUGCAGAGAAGGUGAGAGAGUUGAUGAAGAGAGAAGGAAUCAGGAAGGGGAAAGGGAAGAGUUGGGUGGAGUUUGGAGGAGUGAUACAUAGGUUUAAAGCAGGAGAUAGGUCUCAUGUAGAGAGUGAGGCUAUAUACAAAGUGUUGGAAGAGUUGAUGAAGAAGGCAAAGUGUCAAGGGUUUGUGGCGGAGACGGAUUUGGUGUUGAUGGAUGUAUGUGAAGAGGAGAAAGAAGAGAACUUGAGUUACCAUAGCGAGAAGUUGGCGUUGGCGUUUGGGGUCUUGAAGAGUAGUCCAGGGUCAGAGGUUAGGAUUCAGAAGAAUAUAAGGAUGUGUAGUGAUUGUCAUAACUGGAUUAAGUCAGUGUCUAAGUUGUUGAAUAGAGUGAUUAUUGUGAGGGAUCGGAUACGGUUUCAUAGGUUUGAAGAUGGCUUGUGUUCUUGCGGAGAUUAUUGGUGA